UGGUUUUUUUAUCAUCAGAGGUUCAAUAUUCAUACCGAAUCCAGUUAGAUUUGAAUUCGCACCAAAAAGUCUCAUAAUGUAAAAUAUUUUUAACAAAGACGACUCUACAUUCAGAAAUUUAAAUCCAAAACAACUAGUUAAAAUAAAAAAAAUAUUUACCGCUUUAUCAUAAUUCAUCGAUGAUGAAGUAAUGAUUCAAUCUUUCAUCAUUUCAUAGCCCCUCCCCCCUAUACACACCCUCUCAAACCCCAAAUUUUCCUUCUAACAUUACUACACACUCAUCAAGAUUCAACACAGAUGUCUUCUUUAAAAUUUAAACCAAAUGAUGACAUACUUGAUUUUGUAAUCAAGAAAGCAAAUGGACUUAAAGGCCUAGUAGACACAAGCCUUGCGAUUAUCCCAAAUCAAUGCAUUCAACCAAAAGAACAAAGACUAGACAAAUCUCAAAUUGACAAUCAAGAAUCAAUCCCCACAAUCGAUUUAACAAAUUUUGAUGAUUUAAGUAUCGAAAAAUCAAUUCAAGAAGCAGCAAGCAAGUGGGGUUUCUUUCAAAUCAUCAAUCACGGAAUCCCAAUCGAAGUUCUUGAAGACUUGAAGGAUGCAGCACAUAACUUCUUUGAAUUGCCAGCUGAAGAAAAAGUUAAGUAUCACAAAGAAAAAAGUUAGUGUAGGUGACUCCGCGUUGCUGUUUUGGAGUGCUAUUGGUGAGAAAAAUGAGAAAGUUUUGGAGUGGAGGGAUAGUUUAAGACAUGGUUGUAAUCCACAAAAUGAUAGCAAUCAUUGGCCUCCUCAAACAAGGAACCAAGUUUUGGAGUAUCAAAAGUGGGCUAAACCACUCGCUAAAAAAUUGCUUGAGGUGCUAUUGAAGGGUCUCAAUGUCAAUGAAAUUGAUGAAUCUUUAGAACCUCUCUUGAUGGGAACUAUGUCUAUAAACGUAAACUACUAUCCACCAUGCCCAAAUCCAAGUGUCGCCAUUGGUUUUCGUAGACACUGCGACAUGGACUGCAUAACUCUGCUUCUCCAGGACGACACGGGAGGACUAUAUGUCCGAGGGACUAAAGGCGAUAACUGGAUCCAUGUAAAUCCUAUCAAAGGUGCCUUAGCGGUUAAUAUAGGUGAUUCAUUGCAGAUCAUGAGCAAUGAUCGAUACAAGAGUAUCGAACAUUGUGUAGCGGUUGAUUCAAGCAGGGCUCGAAUAUCCGUACCGCUAUUCGUGAAUCCUAGUUUUGACAGUGUCAUUGGUCCGUUCCCGCAAAUGCUAAAAGAUGGAGAAAAACCGGUGUACAAACAUAUUUUGUUCUCUGAUUAUUGGGAUCAUUGCUUCAUUAAGAGGCCUUCUGGUAAAGCAUCACUAGAUUUUGCUAAAAUUUAAAUUUCUUGUAUUUUAAUGUUUUUGUAUUAUAAAUAUGUUAUCGUAAUGUCGAAAACUGUUACUUUAUGUAACUUGUAAUUCUAAAUAUUUUUAGACUAACUAUUUAAUUUUUCUUAUAUUAA